AUGUCAAGAAGCCCGCCCGACAGAUCUGAGGCGAUCGCCAGCUCCAGCUCGUCUCAGCAGCAGAACCGGCAACAGCAGCUCCCAUUCACCAACGACGCCGUGGACCAAUCCGACUUCUCCCAGCUCGAAGCUGGCACAUCCUACGCGAACAACGACCCCAGUUCCACUCGACCACGGUCCUCCACACUGGGUGCCAACCUGUCGACGUCGUACAGCAAGACUCCAGCAAGAUCGUUUUUUCACCAUGCCUCCCACGGCUCCCUCGAUCGCGCACACUACGCCUCGGAUGGCGUGCGCGACAGAACACAGCAGCUGGCAUCAAUGGCACUUGAAGACUCGGAUUCCUUCCGUUCCGGUACCCCCGUCCCUCGACGCUACGCAGCGCCAGGUUCUGAUGCGACUUUGGCGAGUCACAUAGAUUCGUCUCUGGCAGACCGAAGCACCAACGAGCCGCGACAACCUUUGGAAUCUUAUCUACGUGAUGAUGUUAUAGAGGAGGUUUCAGAACCAGUAUCACCCGAGGAGGAAAGUUUUAUACCCGCGGCUCGAGACAUGCCCAGAGGGUCUCUCAUUUCGCAUUUGAUCCGCACUUCGCCGCCCAAGGAAAGCGAGGACAACGUAAUACGCACAGAACCGGACAAUGUUCAUGCUCGUGGUCGAAGGGACGUUCCGGAAGUCGUGGUGGGAGAUGGCGCUCUGGAAGCAGACGAGACCGCAGCACUGCUCCCGAAAACUCAUCCAGCUGAUCAGGACAAGAAGCGUCAAUAUGGCUCAACUGGAGAGGUGGAUGAAUGUUCUGGACAGGGACAAAGCAGAUGGGUGGGGUCUCAACGAGCGCUGUUAAGAGUCAAGAGCCGUGCAGCUGCAACGCUUUCAACCGUAAAAAAUCCUAAAAGCUGGGACAAGAGAGUUAUCAAGAGGGCUGCCCUUGGACAAGUGAAAACCCUCCCUGCUGUGUUCCUUGGUUUAUUGUUGAACAUCCUGGAUGCCCUCUCAUACGGAAUGAUUUUGUUUCCACUUGGGGAGCAGAUAUUUGCGCAGACAGCAGCCGACGGUAUCUCUAUGUUCUUCGUCAGCUGCAUCAUAUCUCAGCUUACUUACUCCUGCGGACUAUCCAUAUUUGCAGGCGGCGUUGGCUCAGAAAUGAUCGAAGUUGUCCCUUUCUUCCACAAAAUGACCUACCUGAUCAUGGGUCAAAUGGGCGAUGCCGAUCCCAAGGCCAUCAUGGCUACGGUGAUCUUGUCUUACGCCAUGAGCUCCGUGUUAACAGGCAUCAUUUUCUUUGUACUGGGGUUCUUCAAGCUAGGGCGUCUAGUGAGCUUCUUCCCUCAUAGUAUUCUGCUCGGCGCAAUCGGCGGUGUUGGAUUCUUUCUCUUCGUUACUGGUAUCGAGGUUUCCGCGAGAUUACCCGGAAAUCUUGAGUAUAACAUGGCUACUCUUCGAGAGCUUCUCCGGUCCGAUACUAUCACACUAUGGGUGCUGCCACUCGUUCUCGCAAUAGUUUUGUUCGCAUUGCAGCGCUUCUUCAAGAACCCGUUCGUUAUGCCCGCGUAUUUCGUCUUCAUCACUGCGGUCUUCUAUUUCUUUGUUGCCGUAGUUCCGAGUCUAAACCUUGAGCUAUUACGGGCCAAAGGCUGGGUUUUCGAGAAGCCCCCAUCUGGAGUUCCAUUCUACCGCUUCUACAGCUACUACAACUUUGGACUGACCGACUGGAACGCCAUCGUCAGAUGUAUUCCCACGAUGUUCGCGUUGUCCUUCUUCGGCAUCAUACACGUCCCGAUCAAUGUUCCAGCAUUGGGCUUGCAAGCCGAAGAGGACAAUGUUGACAUCAACAGAGAGCUGAUAGCGCAUGGCUUCUCUAACACACUUUCUGGAUUUGCUGGCAGUAUUCAGAACUAUCUAGUUUAUGCCAACAGCGCUCUCUUCAUCAACAACGGUGGCAACAGUCGGUGGGCGGGUAUCGAGCUAGCCAUGGCCACGUUCGCUGUAUGGCUUGCCGGACCAGGAAUGAUUGGAUAUAUCCCAGUCUUGGUCGUCGGGACUCUCAUAUAUUAUCUGGGUAUAGAUCUACUUCAAGAGGCACUAUGGACAACAUUCGGAACUCUGCAAUGGCUUGAGUAUUUCACCAUCGUUGCGGUAGUGCUCAUCAUGGGCAUGUAUGACUUUGUCGUCGGCGUCGUUACAGGUAUCGUUCUUGCCUGUCUUGUAUACGUCAUUCAGACCUCACGAGCACCGGCCAUUCGUGCAACUUAUGAUGGGCGAGUCGCCGAGUCAACCGUACGCCGGCAUUUGGUCCAGCGCCGCUAUCUGCACGAAGCCGGCCGGCAGAUCUAUGUCGCCAAGCUAGCUGGGUACCUGUUCUUCGGCUCGAUCGUUUCUGUAGAGACGAAAGUCCGGGCUCUGAUCGAUGACGAAGAGUUCAAGAAAUGUCCUAUCCGAUAUUUCAUAAUCGAUCUCUCGCACGUCGAUGGCUUGGACUUCUCGGCUGCUGGGGCGUUCAAGACGAUGCAGCGUCUGCUUCGUCGUAGGAAGAUCGAGAUGCUCUUGUCUGGUGUGACUUUGAGCGACGAUGUCGGCAAAGGGUUGACAAGAGCUGGGAUUCUGGAUGAAGAGGCUGCAGAUCAGAAGAAUCCACCACCGAAGGUAUUCGAGAACCUGAACAAGGCUCUGGAGUACUGUGAAAACGCGCUCUUGACGGCUUUCAUUCAGCGCACGAAGUCGCUCACGCAGCCGGAGCAGUCAAAAUCUAUGGCUGUUCCGAGGCCGAGCGCGCCAUCACAUCCUUCCGAAGGCUCAUUCAAUUCACCCCGACGUCACCUUCUUCAUGAGGCCGCCAAUACUGCGCUUACCGAUCACAGAAACACGACCGUUGACGAGCAUAACAUCAUCUCUCCAUCCAAGUGGAAAAACUUUGCGCAGCCAGUACUGCUCAUGCUUCAAACGUUCCAGGAUCUGACGGACAAAAACGAAGACUUCUGGCACCGAGCAGCACCUUUCUUUCAAAGAAAAGAGUUUCCAGCGGGCACGGUGCUCUACUCCCGCGGCGACGAACCGGACGGCUUCUAUCUGCUUGAGAAAGGCGUACUGCGUGCUGAAUACCAGCUGGAGCAAGGGACAUACUACGAGUCCAUUAUGCCUGGCACCACAUGUGGCGAGCUGCCGUUCUUCUCCGAGACCGACAGAACGGGCACGGUGGCGGCUGAGGCGGACUGCGUUGCUUGGCUCCUGACGCGCGAGAAGUGGAAGGAAUUGGAGCAGAAGCAGCCGGAUGUCGCGUCGGAGCUUCUGAGGAUCAGUCUGAAGCUGACGAGCGAGAGGAUGAGCGCCAUCACGUCCUAUGUGCUUGUUACUGCGAGCUGA